AUGGCCAUUCCCUACCCCCAGGGAGAAUGCUUUUUUAAAAGAAGCUCGCUCACAUCCGAAAAACCCGACCGCUUCAACGCCGAAAACCCUGCUCAUUUCUACAGUACCCUGAUUGUCGAAACUAUUUGGAACAAAGAGGCCUAUCACGGAGAGAAAAAUUGCCAAGAUCAUUCUAAUCCCCGGUCUGAUCUCAAGGUCGUCUAUGGUGGUGGGGGCUGGCAAACGCACUAUGGAAAUUGGUCCCAUAUUCCCUUCACGUACGGGAAUUAUGCGAAGCCCGAGACCGUCAACAGACGAAUUCGGCAUGAGUUGUGUACCUGGGGUUAUCGGUUUAAGAAAAGAGAAUGGGGCGAUGCUUACGAGGUAAAGAGAAGCCGUGCAACUGACUUCGAUUCACAACAGGCCUGGUUCAUGUUCGUUCCGAUGCCUAAAAGGGAAGAGGAAUGGAUCUAUAUUGAUCGACUGGCGACCAUCCGUGCAAUCUACAUACCUGUUGCCCAUCAAUCCAGUGAACAAUAUCCCGACCUCUGCACCUACGUUCAAUGUCGAUUCAUCUCCAUGAAGCAAGUCACAAUGGAAUACCACAAGUCUACUGGAGAAGGAAAGGAUCCAUCCAAAGUCCAGACAACCAUUGACUGUGACACCACACUCGGCCUCGAUGUCCAUGACAAGACAGCACUCGCUAUCAACCCUGCAAAACUUGUGACCACAUUGAUCGUUCCGCGAGAGUUCCGAAAGCUUGACGCCUUCACCUCCAAGGCUGUCAUAUUGGUUGACUCUAGCUUGAUCCCCACCGCGCCUCUCCAGCAGACAUUGAGCAGUCAAUGCAUGGCAGACUGGGCUGUAGUCAUGGGUGCCAAUCAGGGUCUUUCUAUAGAAUGGAAAAAAGGAGACUACAAAGGGCACUGGUUCGUCAAUUACUUCAAGAAUGCUAUGGCUUUUGCCAUCGGGUACCUUCCUAUAGCAGGACCAUUCUUAGCUAUUGGGUGGAGUGUUGCCUACACCGCGAUCGCCCAGCCGGAUGAGUUUUUAGAUGAAUUGCGGGAGCAGAUUCCUUCGGUAGAACUCAUUGAGGGGUUCGUGACCGAAAUAAAAAAGAUGGCACAAGAUAGUGAGGGGGUCCUGAAAGACGGGAUCGAUGUGAAGAAACUCAGUGGUGUCGAGACGAAGAUAUCGAACGCCAGUCCCCUGGAUGGUAAGAAAGACGAGGUACAGACAAAACCUGCCGCUGUAGUAGAGACGCCGACCGGUGAAGGUGAACAGGCCCCCACGGUUGAGGACGACGAGAAGUAUCUCACGAAGGUGGAUCGAGUUUCUCGAAUGAUCGGCAAGAUGAAGUCAGGAUCUAUCUAUGAUGUUAAAAAGUGGUUCAAUAUGAGCUGCAAGAAAUUGGAAAACUUGGGACUGCUGACGGAAGAGGUUUACAAUCAACUUGAGUGCGCAAAUGACCCUUUUUAUGAACCCCCCGAUGACGAGCGAUGGGAUGAAGAAGGAAACUACAUUGAAGAUUUACCAAGUGCGGAUGAAAGAUGGACCAAGAUCGCGCGAGGUUUAUUGGUUCAGAUGCUUGAAAAGAGCCUCGACCAGGCCCUCAAGUUUGAGGUCUGGCCUGAUGACAAGUAUGGCAUCGACAGGAACUUCAUGAGACGAACUUCUGAUAAAUACAUGAAGCCAAAAAAAGGCUGA